AUGGCCAUGGACUGUCCACUUCUCGUCUGGAUGCUCUCACUGAAUCGUGAUGUAUUGACAGAGGAGUACGAUAAAUGUUUUCACCUUGUGCAGGAUUGCGUCCCUCAUGCUAGACUCCCGUACCAGCCUACUUCUAUAGAUUCUUUCCGACAACUUAUUUGCCACAUGUUACCCCUUCUUAUGAUGCGCCACCGACGAAUAUCGCGUGCAAAAUGGAAAGACUGCGUCACCUCGAAUGGAAAGCACUGGAUCGAGCAGUCACCGGAUGACAUGCCCCCAGAAAAAUUUCUACAGUCCAUGAUUGGAUACCACCUCGCAUAUGACAACUCACUCUGCGGCAUGGUGAUGACGCAGGGACGGCAGCGCCAAGUAAUAAACAUCGGGUUGGGCAUUAAACAGAUUUCGGUAGAGCCCAAGGGUGUCUCGGUAGCAGCCUACGCUGAAUCCUUUGCACAUAAACUGACCCCGCUAGAGAUGACCUUCCUCAAUCCUGAACUCGGGGACGAAGUCGUCCUCCGGCGCCUCUCCAUCCUCCUCUCGCUUAAAGCGGCAUACAUCAAAGCUGUUGGCCAGAGCACCGCUUUCGACUGGUCACGCCUCGAAUUCAACAUUCCCUCCGAGUCCGCGCGCGGCGAUGACCACCCACUACAGGGAUGGGAGUUCCGCGUAUUCAAAGCUCAACUCGGCGUACAACGCAUGGGUGGGGUCAUGCUCGAGGAAUCGUAUCAGUGUGCAUGCGCGUUCUUCAGGGGUACGAAGGAGUCCAAAUUCAUCUGGCAUGAUAACGCGAAAGAUCUAGAGGCUUGGGUACAGUUCAUCAACAUUGACCAGAUGGUCAAAGUGAUCCCGAAACUACGCGCGUAG